AUGGGCUCCAUCGAAUGCAAUAAACACUCCCCCGGAGCGAGGCCCCGUCUUGCAGUGAUCUUAGGCGACCCUUCAGGAGUUGGGCCCGAACUCAUUGCAAAGCUCCUGAGUAAUCCCGCCAAUUCCAAGAAAGCAGACAUCUUUCUCCUCGCCGACCGCUCAGAACUCGACUCGGCCAUUACUGACGCCGGCAACGUACAAGUUUUCCUCUCGGAUAUUGCUGGUCCCAAAGGGGCGCAGCUUCUCGAUGACAACACCGCUGCUCUCUACCCCACGGCUCGCUCUGAAGUCUCCAAGGCCAGUGGAGAGCGCGUGAUCCAUCAGCUGAAGCGGGCGCUCGCACUGGCUCAAGAGGGAAAGAUUGACGCCAUUGUAUUUGGCCCGCUGAACAAGAGCUCUUUGAAAUUGGGCGGUAUGAAGCAGGAGGAUGAAUUGAGGUGGUUUGCGGACCAGCUCAACUUCAAAGGAAGAACAAGCGAGAUCAACGUUGCCGGGUCGUUGUGGACAGGAAGAGUCACGAGCCACAUUGGUAUCGAGGAUGUUGCUGAGCGUAUAACGGCAGAGUCUACCCUCGAGGCCAUCGAGCUGUUGAAUAGACUGAGAUGGGAAUCGGGUCUCUCCUCACCUCGCCUCGGGGUUUGUGCUUUGAACCCGCAUAACGGCGAGAAUGGCUCUUUUGGACGCCAGGAGAUCGACCACAUCGCUCCAGCUGUCGCUGCCGCCCAAGCAAAAGGUAUCAACGUGCAAGGUCCUUUCCCUUGCGACACGAUCUUCAUCAAGCGCGAUAACUUCGACGGCAUCGUCACCAUGUACCACGACCAGGGUCAGAUCGCCAUGAAGCUGCUCUCGUUUGACGGUGGCGUAACGAUGCAGGGUGGGCUUCCUAUUCCUGUGGCCACCCCAGCACAUGGCACAGCUUUUGAUAUCGUGGGGAAGAACUUGGCGGCUAUUACAAGUACCCAGAACGCGUUUGAUAUCGCGUGCACAAUGGCUGAGAGGAGAGUCUCGAAUUUAAACGGGAACGGGAACGGGGAGGCGCACAGCCUGCCGGAGAAGAAGGGCCUGCUGCCAGAGAUUACCGAGCUCCAGCAACCCCCUACUGCCAUCGUCUAA